AUGUCGUCGAGAGCCAAGAAGCUCAACGCCCUGGCCGCGCUCAAGGCCAAGCGCGAUGGCGCUCCCAUGCCUUCGACCUCCAAAUCUGGCAACUACUCGGACGAAGACGACGCCAUCUACGACGAGGUUUCCGAAGACGAGUACCGCUCCAUCCUUCGAGGCCGUGUCAUGGACGACGAUUUCAUCGAGGACGACGACGGAUCGGGCUACGUAGAUCACGGUCAGGAUGAGUGGGAUGACCGUACUGGAGCAGGUCAUGACGAGGACGACGACACCGAAGACGAACAGGAAUACUUUGAACGCACCGGCAAGCGCAAGCCCAAAAAGGGCUCUAAAGCUGGUGCCAAGGGUGCUUCAUCUGCUAGCAAGAAGUCAAGCCUCACCGCCGCAUUCAGCAAGCAGCGCAAGGCUUCUAGUGGUGCGGACUUAUCGGCGAACCGCGCACGCGAGGCGCAACGCAUGCGAUCAGCCGCUCUCGACGCGUACCGCCCCACGGUGAGCAAGGAAAAGGAGGAAGACUUCAUGACCAGCCUCAUGGGCGACCUCGACGAGUUUGGCGCCCAGCCUUCAACAUCUUCGCACGAUCCAGCCAGCCCUUCUCCCGCCCACCGCCUCAGCACCUCCCUUUCCAAGAAGCGAAAGCAGCACGAAGAGAGCGCCUUCUCUCGAUUCCGCCCUUCCACCUCUGCCAGCGCCAGCAACGGCUUCACGAGUCCUUCGUCAGGUGCUCCUACUAGCGACUCGGCACAGCCCUCCAGCGACAGUGUUGAGCCCCGUGUCCAUGUCAGCGGCAGCGAUACCCCACCGUGGGGUCCCAACCUCGGCUCGGAUCCCGUCUUUGAGCUCGAUGAUGAGCCUCUCACUUCCAACAAGAAGCUCCGCGGUCCAAAGGGGCUGCCCAGUCGCAUCGGCAGCCUCGGUCUCGGCGAUGCAGACAACGACGUCUUCAUCAGUCAUCCUUCCAAGCGAGCAGCUGGCCUCAGCAAUGAUGCACUCGCCUUCAGCGACGAUGAGGCCGACGAUCUCGCUGUUCGCCGAGUCGAGGUCGGUUCGCUUCCGGCAAAGACCGUAGAUGCUCGAGGACAGGCGUCGCGUCCCAAGCCGGUCACUGUUGAGACACCCCGUGCAUCAAAGGUGGACGAUAUCAAGAAGGACAUCAAGACACCAUCAGCAUUCUCCUCCUCGGCAACACCAAAGACCUCCCUCAAGGACGAAAGCAAGACACCAGCUAGCAGGAGUAGCUGGCAGAAGGUUCACAACGAUCUCAUCAAGAAUGUCGAGCAGGCAACACCAACGCCUGCUGCUGGCAGCAACAUCAAGACGGCUCCCGGCAAUGCGACACCCUCCGCAGGCAAGGUCGCUGCAUUUGAAGAGGACAAGUCACUCUUCUUCUACUGGCUCGACUACCUCGAGGGCGAGAAUGGCGUCGUCUACCUCGUCGGCAAGGUCAAGGACAAGGAGACCGGUCGCUAUGUCUCGUGCUGCUUGACAGUCAACGGCAUCGAGCGAUGCAUCUUCCUCCUGCCUCGCAGCAAGCAGCUCGAGGACGGCCACGAGACGGACCGUGCUGUCGGCGAAGACGAGAUCUAUGACGAGUUCGAGGACCUCUCGGCCAAGCACGGCAUCAAGCGCUUCCUCUCCAAGUGGGUCACGCGUAAGUACGCCUUCGAGCAGGCUGGCGUCCCCGCCGAGUCGGACUACAUGAAGAUCCGCUAUGGCUUCGACGAGCCGCAGCUGCCAUUCGACUUCAAGGGCAGGACGUUUAGCAAGACUUUUGGCACCAAUACUUCGCCCUUUGAGCUGCUGGUGGUCAAGCGACGUAUCUUUGGACCCAGCUGGCUCAAGAUCUCCAACGCCAGUGUGACGGAAGGCUCGACACCCAUCUCGUGGUGUAAGAUGGAAGUUUCGAUCGAUGACCCGAAGGACAUCUCCCCCAUCUCAGAUGUCGACACGACCUCGCCCCGCGAGACGCCUCCUCUGACGGUCAUGUCGAUUGCCACCCGCACCGUCGUCAACCACAAGGAGAACAAGCAGGAGCUUGUCGCCGUCAGCGCACGUACCUGGACCGACCACCAGAUCGAAGACCCAACGCCACCGGAACAGCUCCCUUGCUCUGUCUUCACUGCGGUGCGCCCGCUCGGCAGCAUGUUCCCGCCCGGAUUCGAGGCCGAGGCGCGCAAGAGCAAGAUCAAGAUCCACACGCUCAAGUACGAGCGUAUGCUUCUCAACGCCCUUCUUGCCCAGAUCCACAACGCCGACCCAGAUGUGAUCGUCGGCCACGAGUUCAACGGCGUCUCGCUCGACGUGCUGCUCCAUCGCAUGAAGGACCUGCGUGCUGAUCACUGGUCGCGUGUCGGCCGCUUCCGUCGUCCCAAGUGGCCAAAGCUGAAGCAGGGCAUGAACCUCAAGAUCCUCGCCGGCCGACUCGUCUGUGACUUGGCAUCCGACAACGGCAAGUCGAUGAUUACCUCCACCACAUGGUCGCUCACCGAAAUGUGCGGCACGCACCUCAAGAUCCAGCGCGAAGACAUCGACCCUGAGGAAACGGCGUCCUUCUUCGACUCGCUCGCCCCCUCCCCGGAACGCUUGAUGACGUUUGUCCGCCACUGCGAGGUGGACACGUUCUUCCAGAUGGCCAUCGCUGCCAAGGUGCAGAUUCUGCCGCUGACCAAGCAGCUGACCAAUCUGGCGGGCAACAGCUGGAACAAGACGCUGAACGGUGGUCGUGCCGAACGAAACGAGUACAUUCUGCUGCACGAUUUCCACCGUCAGAAGUACGUCUGCCCAGACAAGAUCUCAGCUUGGGAGAAGAAGCAGAUCCAGCAAGCCGCCGAGCUCAAGGCGAAGGCGAAAGCGAAGGCUGGCGGCGCUGCUGCAGUGGCAACGGCGGUGGUGAACAGCAAGAAGGACAAGUUCAAGGGUGGUCUCGUCUUCGAGCCCAAGCGUGGGCUGUGGGACAAGUACAUCUUGGUCAUGGAUUUCAACUCGCUCUACCCCUCGAUCAUCCAGGAGUUCAACAUUGACUUUACCACGGUCGAGCGUCCACCUACGCAGGGUCUCGAGGACGAAGAGGUUGCUGCUGCUGCCUCUUCUGCUGCCUCUGCAGGCGUCGAGGGCGAGACUGCUGGGGACGCGGCUGCUGACGUGGACAAGAUUCCCGAAGUCCCCUCUUCUGACGUGGACCAGGGUGUUCUUCCGCGCAUCAUUGCUCAGCUCGUCGCGCGUCGUCGCCAAGUCAAGUCCCUGAUGAAGGACAAGACCGCCACGCCAUCCCAGCUGAUGCAGUGGAACAUCAAGCAGCUCGCGCUCAAGCUCACGGCCAACUCGAUGUACGGCUGUCUCGGUUUCGAGAACUCGCGUUUCUACGCCCGCCCUCUCGCCGCGCUCACCACCUUCAAGGGUCGAGAGAUCCUCACCGCCACCAAGGACCUCGCCGAGUCGAUGCUGCUCGACGUCAUCUACGGUGACACGGACAGUGUUAUGAUCAAUACCAACGCCACCGAGUACCGCGAAGCCCUUCGGAUCGGCCAAGAGUUCAAAAAGUCGGUCAACGAACGCUACCGGCUGCUCGAGAUCGACAUUGACGGUGUGUUCGAGCGCAUGCUUCUGCUGCAGAAGAAGAAGUACGCGGCGGUGCUGGUGGACGAGGAUGGCAAGCGGACGACCGAGAUCAAGGGUUUGGAUAUGAAGCGUCGCGAGUACUCGGCGUUGAGCAAGAACGUAUCGAACUACGUCCUCGACCAGAUCCUCUCCGGGCAAGCGACCGAGUUGGUGGUGGAGCACAUCCACGAGUACCUCUCGCAGAUGUCGACGCGCAUCAAGACGGGCGAGGUGGCCAUGGACGAUUUCAUCAUCUACAAGCGACUGGGUAAGAACCCGGAGGACUACCCCGAUGUCAAGUCGCAACCGCACGUGCAGGUUGCGUUGAGGAUGAAGGCCCGUGGAGGUAGUGCGCGAAUGGGCGAUGUGAUCCCGUACAUCUUCUGCCUGGGCGAGGAUGGGAGUUCGAGCACCAAGACGGCGCAGGCGGAGCGGGCGCACCACCCGGACGAGCUCAGGAGGAAGGAGUCGGAGCUCAAGAUCGACUACGAGCACUACCUAGCGCUGCAGAUCCUGCCGCCUGUCGAGAGGCUGUGCGAGAGCAUCGAGGGGACGGACCGCUCGCGGCUUGCCGAAUGUCUAGGAUUGGACCCGAGCAAGUACUCCAACGUCUCGAUCUCGCAUGCUGGGGCUGGAGCGGAUCGCGAGUUCGCUACGCUCGAUUCGCAGAUUCCGGACGAGGUGAGGUUCGCUCGAUGUGCGCCGCUGACGCUCACCUGUCCGUCGUGUCGCGAGACGAGCACGUUCUUGGGUCCCGCUCACCGAACACCCACCGCCGCGAUCAAGCCCUUGGGCGACUCGACCAACGUGCCCGUCGAGGAGCGCAAUGCGAUCACGACCAAGGGCAUUCGGUGCACGAACCCGGCGUGUCAACGCAUGUUGCCGCUAGCCACAGUGGCGAUCCAGCUCGAACUCGCAAUUCGCAGCUACGUUGAGCGCUACUAUGCCGGAUGGACCGAGUGCAGCGAUGCCAACUGCGGCUCGCGGACGCGCAUGGCGAGUGUCUACGCUAAACGAUGCCUCGCGAUUCACGAUGCCAAGUCGGCGGCGUUGCUCGACGCUACGAGCUCCACAGGCGGCGCCCAUCUCGCCUGCCGCGGUCGCGUAGAACCGAGUUACAGAGACAAGCAGCUGUACGACCAGCUGAUCUACCUGGAAUCGCUCUUCGAUGCGGGGAGGAUCAGGGACAAGGUCACCGGUGCGGGCGCGGCCGUGACGGCAAGCGGCAAAGCGUGGCAGGACGAAGUGGUCGCCGUGCUGGACGUCAACAGGAGAGAACUCGAGGCGCUGCACAAGACGGUGGAUCGGUAUCUCGCAAAGAACGGGAGGAGGUUCGUUAAGCUAGGCAGCUUGUUUAGGUUCAUGAAGGUGUGA